AUGCAGAAAAAGCCAUAUCUUAGUGGCGUGCCGGUACCUUCACAUUUCGGAUUACACCCCUGUAGCUAUGGAGUCAAAGCAGGGGGGCUUGAGCUCCCCCAGAUCAACUACGACAAAUACAACACCAAGAAGUACCGCUACUUCUACGGCUGUGGCUUCAGACACCUGGUGGGAGACUCCCUUUUAAAGAUGGACAUCGAGACCAAAGAAAUGAAAAUGUGGAAGGAGCCUGGAUUCUACCCAUCAGAACCAGUCUUUGUUCCAGCGCCUAAUGCAACAGAAGAAGAUGAAGGAGUCAUUUUAUCAGCUGUGGUCACGCCUCAACAGGAGAAGAACACCUUCCUGCUGGUUUUGGAUGCCAAGUCCUUCACAGAGCUAGGCAGGGCAGCAGUCCCUGUGAAAAUGCCUUAUGGCUUCCAUGGGGUUUUUGCUUCCAGUAAGCAGUAGAUGAACUGAAGGAGAUUUCCUGGCAAAUCGGAGGAGAGGAGGUCGCGACAAAACAUAACGAAGGAAGCGAGCAAGAACAUGAUGUCGGUACGGACUUGCUGGAACACUGCAGAAUGAGGAUCCUAGUUAAAGGAGUUCUGAAUUCUGCUCCCCUGGUUAGCUCUGCUUUCGUGUGUGUGUUAUAUAUAUAUAUAUAUAUAUAUAUAUAUAUAUUUUUUAUAUAUUAUGGUAUACCUGAUGGUGCCAAUUAUCAAAGUGCUUUUUUAAUUUUUUUUUAAAUAGAAUAGAUAAAUGUCUUGCAACUCAACACUACAUCCCUAGCAAACAUUUUAAGCAACCCUGGCAGGGAUUGUGUGUAUUAAUCCACAGCUGCCAAUAUGUCAUGAACAAUUGCAGGUGCUGAUUUCAUAUUUUAUUUCAUAAUUUUUAUUGUUAGUUGUGUUUUUUUUAAUGAAAUGCCUUUUAUAGAUUUACAUUACUAAAUAAAAUGAAGUGGAAGUACCAGCAAAA